GGAAAUAAAAGGUGCAAUUAAAAUGUUUCCAAAUGUGCCACAUGUUGUUGGGGACGAUGACGAUUUGGGCCAGACUAACGACGAGCAAGAAUUGCUGAAUGCCAACUCGAAUUGUGAUCCCAACUCGCGGGACGACAUCGCAAAGACAUCCGACUCAGAAACAUCCGAUUCAUCGGAAUCGUCAAAUGAGGACCAAAAUGAAGCCGAGGGCAACAAUUCACAUUAUGAUACGACAGAGGAGCCGGUGGAGGAUGAGGAGGAACAGGUGGAAGAUCAGAAUGAGCAGGAAAAGCAGGAUGCAAAUGAUGGGGAGGGGAAUGAUGAGGAUGAAGAUGAGGGGGAGGAAGAGGAAGAGGAUUGGUCCAACCAUAUCUCUUAUAUAGAUCGCACUCCAGAAAGGGGUUUUGCGGAGGUUUCCUCAUCGAAAGAAGUCUUCGGCAUUCCUACGAAUUUCAUAGAGGAUUAUCCAACCGAAGAUGGGAGCGUAGAGUAUUUAAAAGAAGACGUGCAUCCCGAAAAUGCCUAUGCGCACUCCUUAAUUGAUGGUUUCAAGAAUAACGCGGACCUGGAGCCGAUGGAGGUCAAUACGAAUACCCCACCUAUUAAAAUAGACGACUUGGAGUCGUUGUCAAACCAACCAGUCGAGGUGCAGCCAAAUGGUGUGGAACUGCAGACGAGUGGGGAGGUGGAGUCAAAGGUCGAGGAGAAGAGUGUGCGCAAGCCGAAGACAAGCGGCAAAGCAGCGCAGUCAAGGGACACUGCAAAUCCCACCAUGGAGGAGUCAUCGGCGGAGUCGCGUCGCAAAUCGCUGCGUUCGGCAUGUCGUCCUGCGGCUCCAAUUGAAUCCCUGCCAGCAGCUAAGAAAAAGCGGUUGCGCAGACGUACCCUCAAGGCGAAGGACUUCUCGUUGCCGCCACCGACAACAACAGCAACCGCAUCUGGUGCUCAAUCUGCGGCGAAGCGUACCAGACGCGUACCAGUCGUCAACAGAUCCAUUAUGCAGGUGCAGAAGAAGUCAGGGAUGCAGCUGGUCCGACCCAUCGUGGUGACCGAUUACUUCACCCAAGUCUCGGCCACUUUGGUCAGCGAGCGGGUGAAUCUGUUGCCAUUUCUGCACCUGCGCGCACAGGUCGAUCGUCUGGUGGCCGAGGCGCUAGCAAAGUCCAAAAUACAACGCAAAUAGCGAGUCCAUAGUGAUCCAUAGAUCCAAAUUGUGUUCUAUAUAUUCUCAGUUAAAUAAAGUAUAAAAAGAAAUGCAA